CGAGUGAAGCUCGUGGAAAAAGGGAUGAGAGGCGCGACGCUCGGUGUAGCGGACUAUCACACCGGGAGGCUCGUAAAGUUGUGUGGAGUUUUCAGGCGACCAAAGAGUGUGUAGCUUUAGGCAUUUCAAUCUUUGAGAAGACGACAACAACGUAUAGUUAACAAACAAUGCGUGUUGAUAUAGUCCUUUACUAAUAACAUGAAAAGAAGCCGACGAAUAGUGCACUAGGCAAAUGUAAACAAAUUAAUGGAGAUGCAUUAUCCCUUCUGUUUGCUGUUGUCGAAUUGACUUGUGUAUUCGUAGGAUAUUCAACAGUUAGCUUUACAUUUUUGCAUUCUUAUAUUACUAACGCGUUAAUAUGGCAGAACACGAAAGUUUGGAGUUCGGAAAGGCGGACUUUGUUCUUCUGGACAAUGUGUCUUUGGAAGAGUUUAUGGCCAACCUCAAACUCAGGUUUGAAAAGGGUCGUAUCUACAGCUACAUCGGAGAAGUGGUGGUGUCGGUUAACCCUUACCGUGCCAUGAACAUUUACGGACGGGAAAUCAUCGAGCAGUACAAAGGCAGAGAGUUGUAUGAGCGACCGCCACAUCUUUUUGCCAUCGCCGAUGCUGCGUACAAAGCCAUGAAGAGAAGGAACAAAGACACUUGCAUUGUUAUCUCAGGGGAGAGCGGAGCUGGAAAAACAGAGGCGAGUAAAUAUAUUAUGCAAUAUAUUGCUGCUAUCACCAAUCCCAGCCAAAGAGCAGAGGUGGAGAGGGUAAAAAACAUGCUGCUGAAGUCCAACUGCGUCCUGGAGGCUUUUGGGAAUGCCAAGACCAACCGCAAUGAUAACUCCAGUCGGUUCGGCAAGUACAUGGAUAUCAACUUUGAUUUUAAGGGAGACCCCAUUGGCGGCCAUAUCAACAACUACCUGCUUGAGAAGUCCCGAGUCAUUUUUCAGCAGGAAGGAGAGAGGAGUUUCCACUCUUUCUACCAGCUGGUGAAAGGAGCUCCAGAUGCUCAGCUGCGGUCCCUGCACAUUCAGAGAGACCCCACAGCAUACACCUACAUCAAAGUUGGAGGCCAGAUAAAGUCCUCUAUAAAUGACAGUGCUGAUUUUAAAGCCGUCACUGAUGCCAUGAAGGUCAUUGGAUUCACUACAGAGGAGAUUCAGACGGUCUACAAGAUCCUGGCUACCAUCUUGCAACUGGGGAAUCUGAAGUUUGGAAGUGAUGGAGAUGUGACUCUCAUUGAGAACUCGAAGCUAGUGUCGGUUCUGGGGGAUUUGCUGUCCACCAAAGACGAGAAUGUCGAAAAGGCUCUCCUCUAUCGAACUGUGGCCACCGGCCGCGAUGUCAUUGACAAACAGCACACUCAUCAAGAGGCCAGUUAUGGCCGUGAUGCUUUGGCCAAGGCCAUUUAUGAGCGGCUUUUCUGUUGGAUUGUGGGACGAAUCAAUGAUAUCAUUGAGGUUAAAAACUAUGACGCCAGGGUUCAUGGGAAGAACACAGUCAUUGGAGUCCUGGACAUCUAUGGCUUUGAAAUCUUUCAGAAUAACAGCUUUGAGCAAUUUUGUAUAAACUACUGUAAUGAGAAACUACAGCAGCUCUUCAUUCAGUUGGUGUUGAGACAAGAGCAGGAAGAGUAUCAGAGAGAGGGCAUCCCCUGGAAACAUAUUGACUACUUCAACAAUCAGAUCAUCGUGGAUCUGGUGGAACAGCAGCAUAAGGGCAUUUUUUCAGUCCUGGAUGAGGCAUGCAUGAAUGUGGGGAAGGUGACGGAUGAGAUGUUCCUGCAGGCUCUCAAUGGAAAACUGGCGAAACAUGCCCACUACACCAGCCGCAAGCUUUCCCCCACGGACAAAAACCUGGAGUUUGACCGAGACUUCCGCAUCCGCCAUUAUGCUGGAGAUGUGGUUUAUUCUGUUGUAGGCUUUAUUGACAAGAACAAGGACACCUUGUUUCAGGACUUCAAGAGGUUACUUUACAACAGCUCAAACCCUGUGCUGAAGGCCAUGUGGCCGGAGGGCAAGCUGAGCAUCACAGAGGUCACCAAACGACCCCUGACUGCUGCCACUCUUUUCAAAAACUCCAUGAUAUCUCUGGUGGAGAACUUGGCCAGCAAGGAGCCGUACUACGUGCGUUGCAUAAAGCCGAAUGAUGUUAAGUCACCGCUGCUGUUUGAACACGAGCGCUGCAAGCACCAAGUGGAGUACCUGGGCCUCCUGGAGAACGUCCGUGUGCGACGAGCUGGUUUUGCUAACCGACAAACCUACCCACGAUUCCUUCAGAGAUAUAAGAUGAUCUCCGAGUUCACCUGGCCCAACCACGACCUCCCCUCUGAUAAGGAGGCAGUGAAACGUCUAUUGCAGGGUUGUGGGUUCGAACACGACGUGGCCUAUGGCAAGACCAAAGUGUUUAUUCGCACCCCUCGAACCAUCUUCAGCCUGGAGGAGCAGAGAGCAGAGAUGGUGAAGAGGAUUGUCCUCUUUCUGCAGAAGGUAUGGCGUGGGACACUGGCCAGAAUGCAUUACCGCCGCAUGCGUGCCGCCCUCAUCAUCAUCCGCGCAUACAGAAGAUACAAGGUUAAGUCGUACAUCCGCGAGGUCAACCGACGCUUCAAAAAUGUGCGUGGCAUGAAGGAUCACGGCAAACAUGUGAAGUGGCCCACACCGCCCAAGGUCCUACGCAAGUUUGAGGAGGCACUGAGGAACAUCUAUAACAGAUGGUGGGCCUGGACGCUCAUUAAAGACCUGUCUCCAGAGGAGAUGGUGCAGAUCAGGGCUAAAGUGGCCACAUUAGAGUGUCUGAAGGGACAGAGAGCAGAUCUCGGCCUGCAGAGAGCCUGGGAGGGCAACUACCUGAAAAAGGACAGUCCUGGGACAGCAUCUUCCUUUACUCUUGUUUCCAGUGAUCUGCAGAGGAAAGAUAAGUUCAUGAGAGUCCUCUUCUCCUGCAAUGUCCGCAAAAUCAAUCGCUUCAAUAAAGCAGAGGAUCGAGCAUUGCUCAUCACUGAUCGCCACCUCUACAAAAUGGACCCCGUCAAGCAGUACAAGCCCAUGAAGAGCAUCCCACUCUAUAAUGUGACCGGAGUGAGUAUUUCCCCUGGGAAAGACCAGCUGGUCGUCUUCCACACCAAAGACAACCGGGACCUAAUCGUGUGCCUGCAGGGCAUGGUGCCAGCGGGGGACAGCCGCAUCGGAGAGCUGGUUGGGACCCUGCUCAGCCACUUCAAAAGUGAGAAGAGGAAGCUACAGGUGAACAUUGUCAGCCCCAUUCACUGCAGUAUGAAUGGAAGGAAGUGCACUGUCGUCGUGGAAACCAAGAUCAACCAAUCACAGCCAGACUUCACCAAGAGCCGAUCGGGAUACAUUCUCUCAGUGCCAGGCAACUAGAAGACCAGGGAUCCCAAAAAGGCCCCUUUAAAAGGACAUUGACAGCAGGGUAUCUAUUUUGUGCUAGUCCAAACAUUUGAGUUGAACCUCAGAAAUGAAGCCAUACCACAUUUGCCUGGGCAAGGAAGAAUAUUUCAUUAAAAAAAAAAAAAAAAAACUUUGUCCCUAAAUUCCAAACUUCAGUUUAGAUUAUU